AUGGUUCUAAGGCGAUCAGCUUCUGCUGGUAAUCUCACUUCUUCCCAGGAUCAGUCACUCACUCUCUCUUGUGGCAUCCCCGAGUAUUUCACCAAAUCUUUAAAGAAUAGCUGCGCUCUUUCUUCUGCGGAUACAUACUUUAGGGACGCGAUAAAUGUAGCAUACUUUGAAAAUCUGUCAAUGACAACCGUGCCCAAAUCUCCCACCUUCGGUAGACCUGUAAUGAAGUGGAGGGAUACACUCUACCAUGCUUUUCUUAUAGUUGGUGCUGCUGCGCAUGCAGAAAUUUUGAUGCCCUCAGCCGAGAGGAAUGACUUUCGCCUGCUUUAUCUGAAGAUGCGAAUCGAGAAAGUCCUUUCCGGAUCGGAGAUAGCCCCGUUGAGGCGCGCGAGUGAAGGUAGUGAGCUUUCUAGAGGCCUUGUAGCUCGAUUUCAAGUCGGAUCUUGCCCGGCUUUGAAGGACCCACGGGGCGGUAAGAAGCAAGGACCGAUUGGACAGCUUUCAAAGGCUAGAAUAGCUCUAUUUGAACUAGUUGAAAUGGAUCCAUAUCCAUACAAAGCUGAGAAAUUGCAUCCUAUAGUCAAACCAUGGCCAUUUCGUGUAUGGGCAGUGGAUCUGAUUGAAGACUCUGGGGAUUUCCAGUGUCUUCGAGGGCCUAAUCCCCUACUUGAGACGAUGAAGGAAGCACUUCGGCAUCGGCAGCGGUAG